AAACUUCAUACCCCCCAAAAGCUUCCCUGCCUUUUUGCAAGCGGGAACAAGGAACUAAAUUGAACCUGAACAAACUGCAAAUUCACAAAUUAACUAGAAAAACCUUUUGGAUUAAAAUACGAGAAUUGUUUGAACAUCAAACUCACUCUUGAUUGUUACUUUUUGAACAAUGCUAAAUACUUCAUAGUUAUUCUCUUCUUUUCCAAUCUCUCUCACAACUUUGUAAACACUCCGAACGAUAACUCUCUCCAAUAGAAAUGAAUCCACAAAACAAUAACUUAUUUGAUAAUAAUCCAUCCACACCAUCCACUCCAACCUCCUCCUCGAGGAAAGCCAAUGGUAACAGAUACCGUCCAACUAAUCUCAUAAUUCCAAGUGUAAUAGAUGAAAACCAUGUUGUAACGGUGACUUGUUUAACAAACAAUAGCUCUGUCACUAGUCACGGUAAUGCCUCAAUGACUCCUUGUGAAAGUUGUCAUUCGAGUUGCCUUUCUAGUGUUUCCUCUCCUUCUCAAACUCCUUUUGUACAAACAUCCACGCUUCUCAAUCAACAUGAGAAGGAAUUCUACAACUCUAUGGGUUUUGAACUGGUAAAAUCUUCGGUAGCCAAAGGAAUUACAAGUACCGUUAAUUUGGUGAGAAGAAUUGCUCCAUUUUCAAAUUGCACUGAAGAAGAAGUUGUUGAACAAGAAUGUGGUGGAGAAGCUGCUGUUUCCUCAAUUCCAACCUCCUCGUCUGGUUCCUACUCUAAACCAGAUCAAUAUCCAAUCUCUAAUUCAUCCCUCUCCCCUGAUAACGAAGACUCCCAGGAAUCUCUCUACGAAGAAUCAACUCUCUUCGCUGAAAAGGUUAUUAGUCUCAAUUCUGAACAUACCAAUCACUCACUGACAGACAUUGAGCGUGAAGAACGUUGCUUAUUAAAGUGUACUUCUUCACCUUACAUUGUCAACUUGUACAAAUCAACUCGAUCAAGCAAGUACCAUCACCGUUUCUUCUUGGAAUACAUUGAUGGGUGUACAAUUGCAGAUUUAAUAGAAUCAAGAAGAGAUGCCAUUUGUGAGAAGGAACUUGCCUUGAUUGCUCAACAAUUAUUACGAGCUUUAGUAUUCCUUAAAGAGAAAGGAUUACUUCACAGAGAUAUUAAAAGCGAGAAUAUUAUGCUCUGUAAGAAUGGUUGUGUCAAGUUGAUAGACUUGGGACUUGCCAUCGAAUUGGACCAAGUCAAUAAUAACCGAGUUACUUCACCUCAUUCCAGUUCUACCUCUACAGAACCAGAGUCAGUUAUCACAAAAGGUACCUACUCAUUCAUGUGCCCUAACAAAUUACUAACUGGCAAGGAAAGUUUUGAAAGCGAUUUAUAUAGUAUGGGAAUGACUCUUUUGGAACUCUUCCUUGGUCAUUUACCUUUCGAAUUUGAUCAACAAGCAAACACUGAUAGUUCAUUCCCAUUGGCAGACAUUGUAUCAUUCGAUAUCGAGGAAUAUUGCAUGCCUCUUGUUGAAUCUGGAAGAAUGAGCAAUGAAUUGAAACAUUUUUUGACUUUGUGCAUGAACAGGGAUUGUGAAAUGAGACCACACGUCCAUUCAUUACUUUCUCACCCAUUCCUUUCUCAUACCUUUGAAAUGAGUCAUUCUGAAUUGUGUAUUUGCUUGAAAAGGCUUUUUACAGAGCGAUGAAAUAAAACUCAAAACAAUUCUC